CUGGCGAAGGGACUGGGGGCUCCUCCUCCCGGGGGCCCCACGAAAUGAGCAGUGAGUCAGAAGGGGAAAAGGAAGCGGGGGGCCUCGACUGGGGUCUGGGCUUUCCCCUGGGUGGGACCAGAGUCCCCUGCCUCCCCAAGGGUGCUCCCUGCCCCAGAAAGCAGAUCCUGCUGGAGCCAUGGCCCUGAGGCUUGUCCUGGUCCUCGUCCUCACCCUCUGGGUGGGCUGCGUGCCCUGCCGCGGUCGAGAAGUCGCUCCCACCCAGCUCAGGGCGCAGUGCCAGGCCUCCAGGUACCCGAUCGCUGUGGAUUGCUUCUGGACCCUGCCGCCUGCUCCAAACUCCUCCAGGCCCACGUCCUUCAUUGCCACGUACAGGCUUGGCGUGGCAGCCCGCGGGGAGAGCUGGCCCUGUCUCCAGCUGACACCAGAGGCCACCAGCUGUACCAUCCCCAACGUCCAGAUGUUCUCCCUGGUGCCCUACGUGCUCAACGUCACGGCUGUCCAUCCCCGGGGCGUCAGCAGCAGCUUUGUGCCCUUUGUUCCAGAGCACAUCAUCAAACCAGACCCUCCGGAAGGCGUGCGUCUGAGCCUCCUCCCUGGGCAGCGGCUGUGGGUGCAGUGGGAACCUCCCCGGUCCUGGCCCUUCCCAGAGAUCUUCUCACUCAAGUACCGGAUCCGCUACAAGCGUCAUGGAGCUGCCCACUUCCGCCAGGUGGGACCAAUUGAAGCCACAUCCUUCACCCUCAAGGCUGUGAGGCCCCGAGCCAAGUACUGCAUCCAGGUGGCUGCUCAGGACCUCACCGACUAUGGGGAAUCAAGUGCCUGGAGUCUCCCCGCCACUCCCUCUGUGACCCUGGGCAAGUAGUGGAGGCUCCCCGCACCCCUGAAGAGGGGCUGUGCCCAUGAAAUCCGCCUAAGGGUGGAUGGAACCCGUCUGGCCUGGGUUCACUGCUGCUGAGUUGCUGGGCAGCCUUGGACAAGUGACUCUGGCUCUCUGAGCCUCAGUUUCUCAGUCUGUGAAAUGGGGAUGUACUCCCGCCUUUGACACAGUGCAAUGCGUUGUGAACUGUGAAUGUGAAAUUUCUUAAAUUGUUUAAUUAGAAAAAGAUCAUUGUCACUAGACUCAGGACUCUUCCUUUCUUCAACAGAUCCACAUGAGAGCCUGGGAUGAGAGGACAGAUCAGGACACACACGCACAGUGACUCCCCACUCCCACACACGGGGUCAGGGAUGAACCAGAGGAAGAGACGGGGCUUGGGGAGUUAGGGCAGGGGUGGUGACAGUUCUGCCUGGGAUGGA